GAGAGAGAGAGAGAGAGAGGAAAAAAAGAAAGAAAAAAAAAACCAAAAGAAAAAUUUUCACAAAAGAUUACAACAAUGGUUUCCAAAACCCCCACAAAACCCGCCAAAAUCAGCCCCAAAUCCAAGCCCCGCCACCACCGCACGCCGAAGCCGGUCUGCCGCCACCACCACCGCCGCUGUGCGAAGCCCUCCCCAUUGAAGUCCUUCGCCGUCUCGAUCGACCGAUCCAUCCGCUCCUGCCGCCGCCGCCUCGUCAAGCUCUUUGCCAACCUCGCCGUCUUCGGCACCCCGAAUCGCCACAACAACGGCUUUUUAGCAGCAGGAAGCCACCAUCAUCCUCCCCGCCAUCCUCGCCUCAGCAAGUUAUCAUCAUCGGCGGGUUGCGGAUCGUCCGGGGUCAUUACAGGCUUCCACCGCCUUAAAUCCACCCCGGAGAAACACCCAUCUCCUCCCGCCGCCGCCGCCGCCGCCGCCGCCGCCGCCGCCGCUAAUGGCAACAACUGCAAGCCGCUUCCUCUGCUUUCGUGCCCCGCGAAGAAGACCAUCUUCUUAGACCUCGACGAGACCCUCGUCCACUCGAAGACCGACCCGGCCCCCGAGCAUUACGACUUCACCGUCCAACCGAAGAUCGACGGCCAGGCCAUCACCUUCUACGUGCUCAAGCGCCCCGGAGUCGACGAAUUCCUCCGCGAAGCGGCGAAGGAUUUCGAGCUUGUCGUGUUCACCGCGGGGAUGAAAGAGUAUGCGUCCCUCGUGCUCGAUCAGCUGGACUCGAAGGGCGACAUCAUCUCCCACCGUCUGUACCGCGAUUCGUGCAGAAAAUUGGGGGGAAAGUUCGUGAAGGAUUUGUCGGCAGUCGGAAGAGAAUUGGACCGGGUGGUGAUCGUCGACGAUAACCCGAACACCUACAUUUUCCAGCCGGAGAACGCAGUUCCGAUGAGUCCUUUUGUGGACAACCUCGCAGACCGCGAGCUUUGGAAGCUGAGCAAGUUCUUGCAGGUCGCGAAUACUCACGAAGAUAUGAAGGAAGCAAUCAAGUACUAUCUCGCAAAUUUCAGGGACCGAAAAUGAGGAAACUUUGAAUUCGGGUUUUACUUUUUUACUUUCAUACCGAGAUUGGAAAGUGAAGGGGUAAUUGCUAAUCUGAAGGAUUAAUGGAGGAGCUCGCGCGGCUUCAGUAUCUUUCUGAAAGCUCAGAAUUUGAUACAGUAACAUUACAAUUGGAGAACACGGGGAGGCUAUUUGUUUGUGAUAGUUGUUUGGGCUAAAUGUAUGAGAGGCAAAUUUUUAUCAGCUGAGAUUUAACAUUUUUCUCUGAAUCAAUUCUUGUAUUGUAAAUUCGGCUCAAAUAACGCCGGAAUUGAAGCAAACUUGUUGCUUUGGUGAAUUGAAUGUUUUCAUCAUGUAUGUUCAUGUUCAUUAGUCUUUUGCUGUAGAACUCAAAACUUACAGAUUUUUCACAUUUUACUGGGCAUUUGAAAUACCAGAGUAACAUAUUGUAAUCUCAUUUAAGAUGCCAGGUACAUCUCUACUACACAAAAAAAAAAAAAA